GGGAGGCAGGCUCGGGAGCCUCGCGGGGUCUGCCUGCCUUGCUGGCUGCCUGCCUUCCACGCUGGCAAAAGGGAGAGUUUGGGGCGUCCGGGCGCGAUGCGCGCCGCUUCUCCAUCCCUGGAGAGGAUCGAGCCCGGGGCGGUAGGCAGCGGCUUCGGCGGGUGGAUUUCUCCUGUAUUCCGGAGCGGUGAGGUGGUGUCUGACGCCUGGGGCUCGCGUGUGUGUUUUGGGUCUCUCCUCUUUUUGCAAGGGGAGGUGCGUUACUCGGUUCUCCCGGGCUGACGACCGACCUCUUGCCUUUAUUUACGCCAAAGGCUGGGAGGGGAGUCUUGCCGUGGCUGGCUGGGGAGCGCGCUUGCUUGCAAGGCUGCUCGGGAGGGGAUCUGGGGGUGCCCGGCUCCCCAAAGUGCCCCAGCUACCUCGCGUGUGUAUAGAUGCUUGUGUGUGUGUGUCUGUGUGUGUGUGUCUGUGUGUGUGUGUGUGUAGUGACAGCUCCGAUGAUGUCAUGUCAGAUGCAGCUACGACCUCCCUUCUCCGCCGCGUUCGUUUUGUCCGUUCCGUAAAGAAUCCCUCGCUGUUCCUCGGGACCGUUGGAGAGAAUUUCGCUCGGCUUUUCACAAUUCCUGCCUGCCUGGCAUAGCCAUCCCCACCCUUCGUGGACUGGGCUCCGUUUCCACCCGCGAACACUUUCUCGAGCGUCCGUGCUUGGCCAUGCCAACCGUGGGAACGCGCGGGGUUUACUCCAGGUGUGCUUACUCGGGAGAAAAUCUCUCUUGAUCGCUGUCUAAGGAUCCUGUGCAGCGAAACUCAUGUGCAGAGAGCGACUUCGAGGUUCUUUAUGCUGGAAUGCAGAACCCCUCCGUUAUGGCUAUUCUGAGUGGACAUGUGCUAAAGACUUGCUGUAUUUCACUGGAGGCUGAAAUAUUUCCUUAACGGGUUGGAUUGCCUGCUUGUGGGACUCCUGCUUUUCCCCGCCUUCCCCGAAUAUUACCCUGUACCCCAUAGUCCCUCCCCUUGAUUUCACCCGCGGCCAUGAAUGGGCUGACGGUUAGUGAACUCUGCUGUCUCUUCUGCUGCCCACCAUGCCCUAGUCGAAUAGCUGCCAAGCUGGCCUUCCUACCUCCAGACCCCACCUAUACAAUCGUCCCAGAACCAGACCCUGCGGGCACCACCAGCAACGGCGCCUCCCGGAGUGUCCCUAUGGCUCGCUGGAAGCUUCAUUUGACGGACCGGGCUGACUUCCAGUACACCCAACGUGAAUUGGACACAGUUGAGGUGUUCCUUACCAAAAGCAGCCGAGGGAACCGAGUGAGUUGCAUGUACGUCCGCUGCGUACCUGGUGCCAGAUUCACCGUUCUCUUCUCACAUGGCAAUGCUGUGGAUCUGGGCCAGAUGUGUAGCUUCUACAUCAGCCUGGGCACCCGGAUUAGCUGCAACAUCUUUUCUUACGACUAUUCGGGCUACGGUGCCAGCACUGGGAAACCUUCAGAGAAGAACCUCUAUGCUGAUGUCGACGCAGCCUGGCAGGCCUUACGCACCCGAUAUGGGAUCAGCCCCGAGAACAUCAUCCUCUAUGGGCAAAGCAUUGGGACGGUGCCCACAGUGGACCUGGCCUCCCGCUAUGAGUGCGCAGCCGUUGUCUUACAUUCACCUUUAACUUCGGGCAUGCGCGUUGCCUUCCCAGAAACCAAAAAGACCUACUGCUUUGAUGCUUUCCCAAAUAUAGACAAGGUGUCGCGCAUCACUUCCCCCGUGCUGUUCAUUCAUGGCACCGAAGAUGAGGUGAUCGACUUCUCUCACGGCUUGGCCCUUUACGAGCGCUGCCCGAAGGCAGUGGAGCCCCUCUGGGUGGAAGGAGCCGGCCACAACGACAUUGAACUCUACAGCCAGUACCUGGAGCGCUUACGCAAGUUCAUCUCACAAGAUCUUUCUGGUUAAUGCCACUCCACCUGCCUGACCCUUUUGGCAAGGACCGCCCACCUUCUUGACUGGGCCUGGGGAAGCAGAGGAAGCAUUGGUGGCUUUUGAAGGAGAAGGCCACUGAUGCUACAAGCUCUAUGUUCCCAUCUGCAAAAUGGGAGUAGUUCUAUUCAUCCUCCCUCUAUUGCAGGCUUAGUCUGCGCAGGGGUCUUGAGUCUCUCCCGGUGGUUCUUCCCCAUCGCCGAGGGGCCCUUUCCAGCUGUUCUCAUUUCCAGCUGCUGUCAUGGCUGAAGAGGGGCCUGAGGCGGAGUCUCCAAUUGCGCCUCCUCGCGGGACUCCGAAAGACUCGAGCGUCGCAGACUGUUCUAAAACCAUGAACACAUCUCCAUCAGGGCCUUCCUCUUGUGGCCUCCGUCCAUCUUCUCCACUUCCUGUUUCAGAUCCCGUUUCCCUAACGCUCCGCGUGGUGACCCAUUGAUAGCAAUAAGCCAUAGGCAGGGUGGGGCGGGAGGCAAAAGCACCUUGCAUGCUGGCCAAAAAAUGGCUUGCUUCAGUUUGACUGUCCAACCUACUGCAGCCCUUGAAGGACAAUUGAAUUUCAUUCAAAUUUCCUCAGGGGUGGGGAUGGAAAACAGCUCACCUGGGGUUUUUUCACCCGGAAGCCUGCAAAAAGAACUAUUUGUGGAACGCAGCAAGGCUGUUCUACAUGUCUCGGAAUUUAUUGAGUGGGAGGAGGAUUCAUUUGCCAGCUUCAUCACAACUCCUAGAUACUAUUGUUUUAAUAUUCCGUAUCCUGUCCCCUCCAGAUGUCCCCAGGGAAUGAAUUACGCUUUACUUAAUUCUGAGUAUUCAGGCAAUGGGGAGAGGUCGGGGUGGGAAGUACGGGGAAAAUUCUCCAUCCGUUCAUUUUGAAAAGAGGAAUAAACAAAAAAAAAUGAAA